AUGCUUCUGCUUGAUGAGGACGGAGCUUCUACCAUACCUGAUAAUGUAUCCGAUGUUGACGAAACUGGGCUCAGUGGUCGCGGUUCAGCAAGCCUUGAUGGGCGAGAGUCCCCGUUGAGUCAAGCCCCUAGUCAUGGUUUGCGAGAGGGACAGGAAAACGAGAUGGCAGACCUUGGAGCAGUGUCAACGGCAGCGGGUGGCGAAACUGAUGCUGCCCAGCGUGUACUUCCUUCAGGGGUCCCGGUUGCCGUGCGUAAACAGAAUGCCGAGGGACUUGAGGAAAAGUUCGGGAAGUUUACUGUGCCGAUGUCGCAGCAAAAUAGACGUGAUGAUCAAAGGUCACUAUUGUCUGACAGCUGGUCAACCAAUGUGGUGCCUUCUGAUGAUGAAGGUCCAUCUUUGCCUCUUCUACCACACCUUCCCUCUGUUGACGCUCCAGACGGCAUCAAUCAUCGAGGGCGUGCUGUCAACCGUACUGGAUCGCUUUGCGGAGCUAGUGGAGCUACCGAAGACAGAAGUGACACGUGGUCUCUAGAUGCAAUAGCAAGCGACUCCGAGGCCGAUGGAGGUCGGGAGCGAGGACGACAAGUCACUGAUGUUUCCUACGAUAUAUCUCGAGCUGAACGGAAUGGUAGCUCUGACGCGGCAGCGUCGCAUAUCGCCGUACCAUGCGUCAGUGUGCAACCGCUUGUCGACGUACCUCAUCAUGGGGAUAGUGGAGCAAGACUAAGACGACAUAGCAGUGGCAGCUCAUUCUCAUACAGCCGUAGUGAAGCGGAUUCGGAGAUGAGCAACUUCAGAGAAGAUCGGCAUAUAGAUCGUAUAGGAGGGCCAACCGAUUCACUGACUGCUGCACGCGCACAGCCCCAAAAGCAGCAGUCCGCUGAUCAACCUGGACCAUCCGGAGCGUGUGCUUCCUCGUUCAGUUCUCCUUCGCACUCAUCGGUUGUAGGAAGCGCUCAUGAUGUGGAGACCUACUAUGCACCAUCCUCGCCUUCUAAUUCCGGCCGAAAGAAGUUUGCUCUUUUCCAACAAGGCCUUCUGAAAGUUGGUGAUAAAGUAAGAAAAGGAAUGACAGGCUCGUCGUUUCGUCAGAUACCGCAUUCCUCAACAAUUUCCGACUUGCUUAGUGAAUGGAAUUCGUCUAGGCGAGAACAAGAAUCAGCCCACUCUGCGAUCCCAAAUAGCCAGAGUGAAAAUCACAUUGCUGGUUAG